GAAUGAAAAUAUCUCACACCCAAUACUAACACGUAUUCAAGCACAAAUUGCCCGGAGCAAGAAGCUGAAUAGAAAACUUAUGGCAGUUGCUCAUCUGUAUUUCAGAGAAGAUAUCAAUUCAGCUUACAUUAAUUUGUUACGAGAACCUGUCGCCCGUUUUAUAUCGCAUUAUUAUUACUGCAGAAGUCCAAACCGAUAUGCUCACAAGUUAAAAAGGUUAAAGGAAUUAGGCCAUUUUAAUGUCACCAUUGAAGAGUGUCUAGAAAAACAAUACGAAGGGUGCGUAUGGAAUCAUAUGACAAGAUUCUUCUGCGGACCCCAAGCAUUUUGCAAAACCGGAAGUGACGAAGCUUUAGCGGCAGCUAAACACAAUAUGCUUCAUUACUAUGCAAGUGUGGGGAUUAUGGAAUACAUUAAUGAGUUCGUUAUGGUUUUGCAUAAACGAUUGCCCGAUUUUGUACUUCCGCCUCCCAAGACAGGAAUGGGCAAGAAAUUUGUAACAAAGGGAGUUACAAAGAAGCCGCUUAAUCAGUCCACUAGAAAAAGGAUUAUGGACGUUAACAAGGCCGAUAUUGAGUUGUAUGAAUUUGCGAAAACCUUGUUUUUUAAACAAGCCUUGAAUUGUGGUAUUGAGAUUAAAAACUAGAGUAAUUUUACAUUCGUAAAAAAAUUAGGCUAUAUUCCAAUUCAUAGUUUCUUGCGACUGCAAAGUAAAUUUACUGCAAA